GUGACGGAUCUUGGCCGCUUCCCCGGCGCCGCUCCAGUGAGGUCCUCCGGUAGCGGAGGGAGGAGGAGGAGGUGGUGAAGGAGGAGGGGGGAAGGGAAGGGAAGGAGGGGAGCGGAGCGGAGCCGCAGCGAGCCGAGCCGGGCCGGGCCGGGGGGGCGGCAGCGGCGGCGGGCGGGGGGGGGGGGUCUCUCGCUCGGCGCGGAUCGCUGCGGGCUCCGCGCGGCCAUGGAGGCGGACGGGAGCCAGGCGACCUCGGGCGGCCCCGGCGAGGCGCAGCACGACCCCGGCAAGAUGUUCAUCGGCGGCCUCAGCUGGCAGACCUCCCCAGACAGCCUCCGCGACUAUUUCAGCAAAUUCGGGGAGAUCCGGGAGUGCAUGGUCAUGCGGGACCCCACCACCAAGCGCUCCAGAGGCUUCGGCUUCGUGACGUUCGCGGACCCGGGCAGCGUGGACAAGGUGCUGGCCCAGCCGCACCACGAGCUGGACUCCAAGACGAUUGACCCUAAAGUUGCAUUUCCCCGACGAGCACAGCCUAAGAUGGUCACAAGAACAAAGAAAAUAUUUGUAGGUGGAUUAUCGGCUAAUACAGUAGUGGAAGACGUAAAGCAAUACUUUGAACAGUUUGGCAAGGUAGAGGACGCCAUGCUUAUGUUUGACAAGACGACCAACAGGCAUAGAGGAUUUGGCUUCGUUACUUUUGAAAACGAAGACGUGGUGGAAAAAGUCUGCGAAAUCCACUUCCACGAAAUCAAUAACAAGAUGGUAGAAUGUAAGAAAGCACAACCUAAAGAAGUGAUGUUUCCACCAGGGACGAGAGGAAGGGCGCGCGGAUUGCCGUACACCAUGGACGCUUUUAUGCUGGGGAUGGGAAUGUUGGGUUACCCGAAUUUUGUCGCGACGUAUGGCCGAGGUUAUCCUGGAUUUGCCCCAAGUUACAGCUAUCAGUUUCCAGCCCUAUUACCAUAUUUAAAUGCAAGUUUUCCGGCAGCAGCCUACGGACCAGUAGCAGCGGCAGCCGUGGCGGCAGCAAGAGGAUCAGGUAGGGGGGCCCGUGGAAGAGCAAACCCUCAGAGUGCAGGGUCAGUCUUGAAUAGCUACAGUGCUCAACCGAAUUUUGGCGCACCCGCUUCCCCGGCAGGCUCCAACCCAGCCCGGCCCGGAGGCUUCCCUGGGGCCAACAGCCCUGGGCCCGUCGCAGACCUCUACGGCACAGCCAGCCAGGACUCCGGCGUCGGCAACUACAUAAGUGCUGCCAGCCCACAGCCGGGCUCCGGCUUCAGCCACGGGAUCGCCGGACCUUUGAUUGCAACGGCUUUUACAAAUGGAUACCAUUGAAACGUUACACAUGGUUGGUUGCCAUCUCACUUGGAGAGUCUCUCUGGAUGUCCGGGCAAAACAGGGCGAAGUUUCUGAGCGGUCCCACGGUGAGGUGACAUCAUCAGACUUCAGCACUACAUCUUCACCAACAGCAAACGACCUGGAGGUGGCACUCGACGGACUCGGGCUGUUUAAAAAAUCUCUCUCAUCAUCUCAUGAAUCUGCUGUACUAUAAAAACAACAGCUUUUAAAAGUAUGUAUAUAAAAUCCAUUUCUUGUUCGUUUUAUUUUCUCAAUGGGUUUUCCCCCCCCUUUUUAAACCUACUCGACCCACAUUUUUUGGUAGUGUUUUGACAUAGUCUCGUAGCCACGUAGACAUAAUUCUUUGUGUAUCUCGUAGGAGCCUAACCAUAGCCUAGCUGUUUAUAUUAAGGUUUUCUUUCGUUUCCCUCCCCCCCGUGCCCCCCCGGUCUCUGUAGUCGCUGUCAUUGCAGGACGUGGGGCCGCGGCUCUGCAGCCCGGGGCACACGGGUCACCCCCCCUCCUUUUGUUCGUGCCGUCUUCGUUCACCCGAUUCUAUCUAUUUUCGGCAAUAAGGCAAGGACGACGGACUUUUGGGCGUCCUUUUUCUAUAAGUGCUUUUUUUUUUUGUUGAAAGAGGUGAUAUAAGGUUUUUUGAAAUCGUGAAUUCUGAAAAAAAAAAACAAAAACAAAAAAACAAACAAAAAAAAAACCAAACACUGUAAAUACAAUUCCAUUAAGUACAUAUAAACUAUUAAGAAAGAGAAAUACAAACUAUUUUUGUGAUGCAGUCAGUCUAAGGCAGUUUCUCUAUUAAAGCAGAAGACACAAGCGCAGGUCUGACCCUGAGCCCCGCCGCCGGGUCGCCCCACCGCGCCGCACGGCUCUGCUCCCCACGGCCGCGGUGCACCCCGCGCUCAGGCUGUUGGCCACACGUGCACAGCUUCCCCCGCGACAGUCUGACAGCCUCGCUGUCUUUUUAAUUUAAAAACUGCUUUUUCCCGAGACUGAAAAAGAAGCUCCGGUUUUCCUAUUUAUCGCAUUUAAGGUUCGAAGCACACAGCUGCUCCGCGUUGCUGCUCCCCGUGCAGGCGGAGCGGCGCAGAGCUCGCAUGGGUACCUUUGUUAUCCAUCACCUUCGUGUUAUUAACCAAUUAGGAAAGCGACUUUGGUUUGUCUGGUUUUUUUUUGGGAAUACCUCAGUGCUACAAGUUUCACCCUAGAAGCAACGGAAGAUUUUAAUUUAUUGUAGUUGUAAACAGAAGUUAAAAAAAAAAAGAAAAAAAAUAAAGUAUAAAACAUCAUUGCACUGUGACUGGUAGGGGAAAAACUGACAGUUUCCUAUUUGCACAUGUUUAAUAUUUGGCUGUUAUAUAUAUGGUCCUCUGUUGGGGGAGGAAACUUAUGAAGGAUAUUUUUUAAUUUAAUUUUUUUAAUAUUGGUAAAUAGGCCUGCAACAGCAACUAGAAGUACAACGCGGUAGGUGGCAUUAAGAACAUACUGUAGUGUGGAUAUAUUUCUUCUUUUUUUAACGUAAUAUUGACGAGUUUUAUUAAUAUUUUUUUAAAUUGUUACGUUUAUAAAUUUGGUACUUUAGGUACAGCCAGUACAAGACACUGAAUGCGACAUUUGUUAAAAAGAGCUGCUGCACUCCUAUUUUUGUAAAUUUUACUAACCAGUAGAAUAACGUAGCCGUUCAGUAGACAAGGUAGAGAAGGCAUCUGCAACGGAAGCGAGGCACCGCUCUGCUAACCGGGAGGAGAAAAAAACCUUGGGGUUUUUCUUAUUUUUGAGAACAGAAUCAUGCUUUUCUGUGUAAUGUUUUGGUUGGUUUUCUUUCUUAUUUCCGAACAACCAGGUUUAAGCAAAAUGCUGGACGCUUUUUAAAUAUCGAGACUUGAUCAAGUGAUGCAGUAAAUGAAACCAUUCUUUAAAAAACAAAAAUGGAAAAAAAAAAGCAACAAACCAAAUUCCCUGAGGUUCAGUGUACAAUCAGGGGAUUUUUUAUGGCUAUUUUGUCAAUGUUGAUGAUGUACUGUACUACCGGUUGGUUUUCCUCUCCAUUCCCUGUCACCUCAUAGAAUAUUCUUUGUUGAUCAUUGUUGUAUGUUAAUAGUGUAUAAAAUGGCUAUCUUGUAAGAGUGCUGUCCUGAUGCUAGUGUAGUGAAUCUUCCCCUUCUCUCUUCCUCUUCUAGUACAUAUUGGUAGGUGUAUCGUAAUUAAGGUUAAAAAUUUAGAUGUAGUUAUUCAGAUUUAGGACCAGUAAGGAUAGAACUUUCUCUUAUUUAAGAAAAAAAAAAUUGCUAAUAAUUUUGGGAAGGUUUUCCUCGUUUGUUUUCUUUUUUCCUUCCUUUCCUCUUCUAUUAUUUUUCUUUGCGUUGUUGUUGUUCUUUUCCUUUGCUGAUCUGAUGCGGUUUCAACUAACCAAAGGUCUCACGAUGUUAAAAAUGCUGGCGAACUCUUACGGCAUUUUGUAGAUCCCCACCCUUUGGAAGGGGAUGUGCCAUACUACCUUAAAUGCUAACGCUAGAUAUGCAAAACUGGAUUUUUUUAAUUUAUUUUUUAAAAGAGGGAGGCACGGUAUAUUAAAACGAUUUUACUAAGAGAAAAAAAAAACAUAUUUUUUUAAGAAUGCUCAGAAGAAAUUGCUAAUCUGUGUGAAUAUGUUUUAGAUGUUUAUAUACCUUUUGAGAAGUCCCAGUGGCCCAUAGCACAAAUGUCGUGGAACCCGGUACGUCUCGAUGUGGCUACCUAUGCUGAGGGUCCGUUAGUCCCCGCUCAUCUUGGAGUCCAUUCCCAAGGGGUUUUGUUCCUCCGUUCCCCCACUCAGGGGUUCUGUGUACCUCCGUGGCGCGGCAGCUCAGCAUGCUUUGCUUUUAGCCCAGCACAGAGCUGCCUGUUCAGCUCCCACCGAGCAGCCGUGGGCCGGGGCUGAGCCUGCCAGGAGCUGCAGAACCCCAGGAGUUCAGUUCCCCUCCCCCACUAAAACACAAGAAGUCGUUUGUGAUGGGCUCGAUUAAAACGAAGCCUGAUCUGUCCCUUUUUUCGUUUCUUACGCUCAUCGGUGCUCAUUCUAAGUUGAAUUUGUAGCUUGGACUUUAAGGUAGCAUGGCUCUCUUGCUGUAUUUUCUUUUUCCAUUGUACAGCAGCAUUCAUUCAGCUGGUGAAUGUCACACAUCUCGCUAGAGUAGUCAACCAUUGGGUAGCUGUCAGUAUAUGACCUGAAAGGUGUUCGCGUUUCUUUUUCCCCCUCCGACGCUGUUUCCAUCGUGGGUGUGAAUGAGGGCUCGUGCUGCACCACCGCCGCGUUCCGCUCUGCCACUCAGCGCAGCCUAACCCCAAAUAAAGCAAUAUCGCUUCCUCCAUUGCUCUGAAGGCCAGCCAUGGUUAUGUAUGAUAUUGCAUACGAAACUGUUUACAAAGAAAACACAACACUAACUCGUAGCUGUCUUCUACGCUAUGAAAAUGUCUCUCGGGUGGAAUUUUUUGAGUUCUGUUUGUUGUUUUUUUUUUUUUAGUGUUUGUUUUGGUUUGUUUUUUAAGCGAAAUAGUGAACAGAAAACUGAGGGUCGUUCAGUGUAAGACGGGAUGCAUCGAAGACACACCGCAGGCCCGGGGUCUGCGCAUACACUGUAGAGUUUCAUACGUACAGAAUCGAAGUCGAACCCAUUUCUGUGUGUGAACACUACGUGAGGAGAUUCUGUAAGCUAAGCAAUACUUUAAUACUGUAAUAAAAUUACCAAAAAAAAUAAUAAAAAAAAAUAAGUAGUAUGAGAGAGUAAAUGCACGGCGCUGCUCCCGCCGGGCCCCGCGGGUGGUGGCAGCGCUGCCCUGGGCUCUGCGGGACACCCCGUGUGCUGUAGGACCGAACGCCGGGUCUGUGUGUGUCGCUGCGUGGUGGGGAGCAAACUCACGUCCUUCUCUGUCGUGCGAAGUCCGAACUCCAUCAGUGCUAGAGUGCGAGUCGAAGCAUUUCAGGUGGUCAUAAAUGUACCUAAAUAUACUAUGGCACAGUGGCGAGCCUAGCCCUUCCUUUUAUACUUUAGUAUGAACUGAUGAGAACUUUGGUAGUGACUUUUUUUUUUAUAUAUAUACAUAUAUAUAUGUAUCUAUAUAUAUCAAGCAUCUUUCAGGUCUCUGUGUAUGGCUUUCUGAAGCCCUGUUGUAAAAUACUAUGUGGAUGGGGGUCUCUCACAUCACAGAUGUGGAAAGUAUAAUUUUAUAUUUGUAUUUUCAAAUAAAUAAGUUUGUGAAAGGUUUCCAUCCUCUACUGUGGUCCAGAAAUCAAUGUGUUUGUCUGACAAAAAAAUACAAUAAACUGUUUUGAACAGA